CUCUACCAAACUCUAUUAAAUUGUGUGUUUACUUUGGAUUUUUUAAUAAUAUAUUUAUAACGAAAACCACGACAAAAUUCUACAAGAAUAAACCACAGAAUGGACGAUGGUUUAUGGCAUCGCCAACAGUCUCUGAAUUUGUAUACAUUCGGGCAGGGGUUGAAGAACGAGGAGGGUCUCACCCAAAGCCAAGGUGAGUCUUCAUUGAAUCCCGAGGCAAAGGAGUUUGUGCCCUCGUUUAAGAGCUCCGAACGGAAGGAGUUGGCGAACUUGGACGUAAAGGAAUUUGUGCGCAAGUGUAAAAACGAAGAGGUACAAGACUUUCUGCCCUCAUCAGAGAGCUCAGAAGUGAAGGAGUUUGUACCUUCGUAUAAGAACACAGAGGUAAAGGAGUUUGUUCCCUUGUAUAAGAAACUGGAAGCCAAGGAGUUUGUGCCCUCGUUUCAGACCCCAGAAACAAAGGAAUUUGUUCCCUCCCGUAAGCAAAAGUCCCAGGAGAAGGAUACAGCGUCCACGUCGAAACCAACAUCGAGGCAUAGUGACAGAAUUGACGAUGCAAAGACAUCCCAACGCCAUAUGCAGAAGGUCUACAUACAGCGGCAAAUCUUCGAGUUUCUCACCGAACUGGGUGAUGAACAGAUGCCCCUGGACACCGUCGCCGUGGCUCUCUUGCCCAAUGGCCGCGGCCUUAAUGUAAAGUUUACGACGAAGGAGUGUGUCGGUGGCAAGCAUCUGCUGGACGAGGCAUUGUGCAGGAACACUUGCCUCACGCUGCAACUCAAUGAGCCCGAGGUGUUUGCCAGCAAACCGGAGACUGUGCUGGUCAAUCAGUUCCUCAUACGCGUGAACGAUCAGCUAAGCGAGAAGCUGGAGCACACCCAGGCCGUGGUGACGCCCAAGGGUCGCAUGAGCAGGCAUCGCAGCUACACGGAGCUGGAGAUCGAGCAACAGAUCGAGGGUAUCAAGCUCUUUGACAACUUCUUCAGCUACACCGAGUCGAUGCGCACACAGGAUAGGGUCACCCAAUUGGCCUUCAAGGAGCUGUUCAACAGUCUUGGAAUGAUUUCACACCGAAGCUGUGCCGCCACACCAGUUGAGAGUCCCCGCAAGUCGAGUCAGCCAUGUCCGAAAGCUGCCAUGGUCGAUGAUGAGGAUGAGGAUGAGGAGGUGGUCUUUGCCUCUUGCAAUAAUUCCGAGUCGGAGGGCGAUGACAUUACACUACGCGGCAAACAAUUGGGAACGGAUCUACGACAGUAUAUGAGGGACAAGCGCUAUCGCUUUGAUGACGACAAUGGCCUGCAGCUGGUGAACCAACUCAGCGAUGUGGAUCUGCAGGAGAUAAUGCCGAAUGACUUGGAACACUGCGGACCGCCAUCCACGCCAGCCAUCUGCCAGACUUUGGCCUACAAGGCACCCAAGAGCCAACCGUCCGCAGCUCGCAAGAAUCCUCGCUUCAGCCAGAAGGAAAGGGUGUCCAGAGUGUCUCAGGAAAUGCGCCAAACAUCUGCGGUGACCAAGAAGCUGCAGCCGGAGCGACAAACACAAUUCAUUGGCACAGGAGUGCACGCCAAAACCCAUCAGCGUGUUGCCAAAACGGGAGCAGCUGCACAUAGUCAGCCUUCAAGCAGCAUGCCCGGUCGUGUGGCCAGUGGCAGGGCUGCGGUUACCCAAAAGCAGCAAGUGAAUCUCGCCAACCAAGCGGCAGCUACUGAAAGUGCCAACAAUCGUGGAGGAGCGUCUGCCACGAAGACAAAAAAAGUAACACCCAAGGGGGCUCCAAAAAGAUGCAGCCACGUAGCACACAUGCUUCGAUGAUGCGACAGCUGGAGGUCAAGCGGCGCCUGAGUCUUAUGCACGGCGACAGCGAUCACGAUUUGCUCUACAAUGAGUACCUAUUCAAGUAAUUAUUUUGGCAUCAAGUGCAAUUGUGCGUUCCGUU